AUGGUAAGCCAAAGCCAAACGACGACGUUGCUCCACCUCACCACCUUUCUCUUCAUUUCCCGAUCAACCUCAGCCGUCCAUAUUCCUCCACCACUAAACACAACAACCAACGACCUAGAUUUCAUCCGAACAAGCUGCAACGCGACGCUAUAUCCACAAGUGUGCUUCACGUCUCUCGCCGGCUAUGCCUCCGCCGUUCAAGCCAGUCCGGCGAGGCUAGCCAAACUCGCAAUCGGAGUCUCGCUCUCACAAGCCAAAUCAACAGCGGCUUAUCUCUCAAAACUCUCACGCUCCGCAGCGGUAACAACCUCCUCCACCACCACCAAAUAUUCCGACGGCCACCAAACAGCUUCCGCCGCAAUCCGUGACUGCGUUUCGAACGUCGAAGACGCGGUGGACGAAAUGAGAGGAUCUCUCCGACAGCUGCGGGACAUUAACGGCGGCGUUGCGGCGUCUCGACGAUCGGCAGAGACGUUUAGGUUUCAGAUGAGUAACGUGCAGACGUGGAUGAGUGCAGCAUUGACGGAUGAGGACACGUGUACGGACGGAUUCGAGAGUAUGGAUGAAGCUGGAGGGAUAAUUAAGAGUACCGUUUGUGAUCGUGUCGAGGAAGUGAAAAGGUUAACGAGUAAUGCUCUUGCCCUUGUUAACACUUAUGCUAACAAUGGAGCUCCAUGA